GUUACUUCCCUUGAUUAGUGCUUCGAUCGACGAUAUUGCUACAGUUCCGUACGCUGUUCACUGCGAAACAUUCAGAUGCAUGCCAAGACAGACAUAGGUAACUGCUUGUAUGAAUCGAGACAAAUUAUACAGAUUUAUGAAAUAUGACUGCUGUUCGCGAUUGUCAUGUAUAUGAGACCUUGAUAGACUGUAUCAAAACUAAGGAUUUGAAUUCGGUGGAGAAGUUGCUUGACUCCACAACCGAGAAACUCCAAGCUAUCAAAAGUUUUCCACUAUCGUUACCGGACCCACUCUGCACUGCAGCGGAAGUCGAAGACGACGCCAUCUUUAAUUUGUUGUUGUUAUCGGGGUUUGACCCAGAUCGGUUUGCCUCAAACGACGAAAGAGGUAAUGUGAUACGCCUGAAACCCAUUCACAUCGCAGCUUGUCGAGGCAAUGUUAACAUCGUCAGAAGGUUGGUCGAUUACCAUGGAGUUUCCGUCGACUCGCCCGAUAGCAAAGGCAAGACGCCAUUGUUAUGGGCGGUGUAUCGUCACAGUAAGAAUGUGACGCAGUACCUCAUUUCCCAUGGUGCUAAUGUGAAUCAGAAAGACACUUCCGGUUUGACCCCACUGUACAUGUCGAUAGGCAAAUUCCAUAGCCUGGACACGUUCAAGAUGCUGAUUAAGUCUGGUGGCGAUAUAAACGUGAAGGUUCGUUCUAGAUGCUUGUUUUACAAGGCAGCCGUCAUUGGAAGGCUGGACAAGGCCAGGAUACUCUACGAUCAUGGAAUAGACCUCAGUGAAGUGUGUGUUGAUUUGUGGAUGAGGAUCAGUAUCAUUCUGAUAAAGCUUCUAAUUGAAAUUAAUCUGCCGCUUGUCAAUCCCAAUGACAAAGACACCUCGCCUCUUGAGAUGGGUCUGGGGAGGACUGUGCCAAGCGUGAGCACUCUGGCAUGGUUGCAGCUGCUGGUGUCGGCAGGUCAUCCGGUCAGUCGAGCGGCAUUGGAUAUAGUCAGUGACAGGUAUUCAGGCGACUAUGCGGAAUCCAUACAAAGACACAUACAGUACUAUGUCUCAAAUCCCAGGACUCUUCAGGAAUUGUGUUGUUUCAAAAUCCGGGAGAUUCUUGGUGGUCGCCUUCCUCAACAAGCUGAUUAUCUCCCCUUGCCGCCGGCAAUGAGGCGAUGUGUUCGCUUGGAAAACCUUUACAAAACACUUUGAGGGAGUGAGUGCGUAUCGAUGUACGCCGCUUUUAGCAAUUUUCAAGCAAUAUAACGGCGGGGGACACCAGAAAUGGGCUCCACACAUUAAAUAUUGUACCCAUCUAGGUAAUCGAUCCCGGGUCUUCGGCGUGACGGGCGAUCACUUUAACCACUAGGCUACCCCAGUGCCCAACACAACACUUCAAGCAAGAUGAUAUGGUUUUAUGAACAUGUCUGGUUAGGUCGUGAGAAGAGGACGACUUAUUCAACAGUUUAAACAGGCGUGUAGUUGUCCACUAAUUAUCCUGCAAGUUAAAACAUAAUCAUAGGUAAGACAGUAUUCCUUGUGGUAGCUUAUUAUCUAGUUCCAUACCUUCUCAAUACAACAUCCAACUAACCAAUAUCAGACUCUUGCUCCUCUCGUGGCAAUUUUUGCAACUGGGUCCCGUCUAAGCGCAAACGGGCACAGUUAAAAGAAUUGUCAAAUCGUUGCAAUGAUUCACGAUUAUUUCUCCCAUGUCACAUAUCGUCCAUAUGCUCAUCGGACUUACGGUAUUUAUACAGUAUGAUUGAACACAUUUAACUGUAUCUAGGGUAUAUUUUAAGAUGCAAGACAAGUAAAAUCUAAAACUAUUCCUGGGGGAUUCUUUGACCGAAGUACUUGAAGUCAUACGCGCAUUCUGAUUGGUUUCUCGUGUUUGCGCACAUAACAUUCAUCGAGUCUUCUUGCAGGUUGUGGAAAGGGGCGAGUGGUGACGAAUGAUAUCAGAUCUGAAGUGUAACCUUCACUAUAAACCCAUUGUGGAUAAUGACUUUGUUGCAUAUUCAACGUUCAACACAUCAGUUUUAUAGACGUGGCGUUACUUAGAUGUCUUGUGGUACCUGGUGUUUACCUGUAGUUUUGGCACCACUCGUGUCUUUCCGGUCACGGAAAGUGGCGAGUGAUGGCGAGUAUGUAUUAGAGUCAAUAACCUGUGGACACGAACGAGAUAAUUAGCUUUGAGCUUAUUACACUGUAUUAUGACUUCAUCUUUUACUGAUUCUAUUUAUAUCUCGAUUCUAUAUACAUUCACGUUUUGAAUAUAUUUAUGAUAUUAAAAUUGUUGUGAUUAUUUCAUAGUAAAGAGGGCGGUCGGGCAGCCCAGUGGUUAUAGCGUUCGCUAGUCACGCCGAAGACCCGGGUUCGUUUUCCGACAUGGGUACAAUGUGUGAAGCCCAUUUCUGGUGUCCCCCGCCGUGAUAUUGCUGGAAUAUUGCUAAAAGUGGCGUAAAAAAUCACUGACUCACUCAUAGUAAAGAAACGUUCCGAAGGUAAUAACUUGACGUGUUGGGUGCCAUGACGGUUGCACCUGAAUGACCGUUUCAAAUUUGAGUUUAAUUAGAGUUCAUCUAUUGUCAAAUGUGAAGAAACGAUAUAUUAACAUGUUAUAAGAUCAAUUUGAUCGUUGAAAAACGUAUGGAUGACAAGAAAAAUACAAUUCCUAAUAUUGGUUGAAGGUACAUUGUCAAUGUUGAAAAUGCUAAUUGAGUAUAUCUAUUAAUGUUUAAUGUUUUUUUAACAAGAAGGUUUUAUCGAUCCUCAAACACCAUUAAUGACAUAAAAAACGCAUUCUUAUUGCCACCCGUAAUUGUGAG